AUGGGGUUCCCGAAGUUUGGAAGUUCAAAGCACAAUUCAUCAUCUAGUUCGCUUCAAGCGUUGGAUUAUACAAACCAUGAUGAUCAUCCUAUAGAACUCAGUAUUAAUAUUGAAUCACCACCAUGUGUUCUUUACGGGUCCGCGACUGAAUCAUCUGGAGCUCUGCUAGGAGGUUUGCUUACAGUAACGAUAAACGAUGACCUACCUGAGAUUCAACCGUGUAAAUCAACCCCGCUUACUCCAGUGAACAGUGGUCAGAGGAAACAGCUAACGAACAGUUUAACAACAUCUUUAUCACAUCUUUCACUUUCACAUGCCCACCAUGCUCAUCACCAGAAGUCCGGGGACAAUUUGAAACGAUUGGCUUCGAUGUCGAAUCUGAUAACCCCUCCUAAGGCGAUCACAUCCGUGUCGCUGAACUCAGUCGAAUUGUCGUUAAUCCAAAAGGUUCAUUAUGAAAAGCCAUUCAGGCCAUCUGCUGCAGUUCUCAACACUUGUACCAACUGUAAGACCAAGAUUACCGAAUUUCACAGGUGGACGAUUAUGAAUAAACCUACAGAAUUAGCGGUGGGUCAGCAUAGUUUCCCAUUCUCUCAUUUGAUUCCUGGGAACCUCCCGCCCACUACCCACCUUGGAUCCAACUCUCAUUCGACUAUAAAAUACGAACUUAUCGCUGUGGCAACUUAUAAGCAUCCCUUCAAGGGCAAAGGUGAAUCGGCUAAGAGGGUAUUGCAAUUAAAUCUGCCAAUAUCGAUUACGAGAAGUAUACUAAGAGGUUCAGACAAGACAUCUCUUAGAGUAUUCCCACCAACUGAAUUGACUGCUAAUGCAGUUCUACCAAAUGUCGUGUACCCUAAAUCGACAUUUUCAAUGGAGUUGAAGCUAGAUGGUAUCUGUUCCGACGAUCGAAGAUGGAGAAUGAGGAAGCUCAACUGGAGGAUAGAGGAGAAAGUGAAAGUGAGAGCACAUGGCUGCCAAGCGCAUAAAGCGAAGUUGAAACAGCUAGAAGAGAAAGUAAAGCAAGAUGAAGAACGUGAUAGACAGAUAAGGAAGUCGUCGAAGCCAAUCAAGAGAUCCGUAGAUAUGGGACCGCAAGUAAAGAUGACUGUGAAUACGUUCCACGAUGUCCUCUUGCAACAAUUAUCUAGAGCAAAUACAGAAGCAGAGGAUGUGGACAAUCCUGAAGAUACAACCACGGCUCCAUCUGAUGAAGCACUUCGAGAUGAAGACCACGAUACUAUCCCUGAUACGCCCACCGAUUUCAUCCAUCCGAAUGACGACGCGAUGAGACAAGAAAUCAUGCAACAACAGCAGAGAGUGAGACAACAACAAAUCGAAGAAGAGCUGAAGCAAGAAUCUGCGUUAUAUACGGAAGAAGUACGGACCAUUGCCAACGGUGAAAUUAAGAGUGGAUGGAAAUCAGAUUUUUCUGAUAAGGGAACCAUCGAGCUAGUGACAGACAUUGACUGUAUGAGACUCAAUUCUGGUGUUACCAAUCCUAUCAGCCAUGCAUCCACACGGAAUCCAUGCGUAUUACCUAAUCAAGAUAACGUUAACGUUUCCUGUGACAUGGAGGAUACCAACCUCGGAGUAUACGUGAGCCAUUUACUAUUCGUUGAGGUCAUCGUUGCCGAAGAACAGUUGCAAAACGUUAAUGGGGGUAAUCGUAGCAGAACGGGCUCUACAGUUUCCGAUACAUCGAAGACCGCUUCCAAACCGAAAAACAACGCUGACCAGAGGUUAGCAGAGUUAUCACCAAUCUUCGCUGAUAGAGAAAACAAACCACAACCCGUGAUAGACAACCAACCGGGUAACAACGUUGGCCCAAAAAUCGUCGGAGUACCAACCGGUGCUGCGCGUGUUCUACGGAUGCAGUUCAGAGUCAUAAUGACAGAACGGUCGGGAUUGGGGAUCUCGUGGGACGACGAAGUCCCACCGGCGUACCAGGACAUCAGAAUGUUAACCCCUCCUAGGUAUCAAGACGUCUCCACUACACUACUGCACAGCACCUUAAGCUCACCUACGAUAACGCCUCCAGGGGAAUCCUCAUUAUUCACCUUGGAAACCGGUAACGGUGCAGAACGUGCUGUGACAGGGUCUGCCCCUGAAACAAGGUCAAACUCCAGCGUACGUUUGAAUGUCAAUAACGCCGAGUACAUCAGACCUCCACCAGCAUUACACCAUUCUGCGAACACGUCGUCUACAUCGAUAGCCUUCCAAUUCUCAGACUUGGAUCACGUGAUGAGUACUCAAGGUGCAGAACCAGGGUUCAACUCGGCUCUAACGCCGCAAACGACAAGAAUGAUAAACGUUCCGACGAUUUCUGAACUACUGGACACUGAUAGAAUCACACAGUAG